UUUCUUGCUUGUUCUUUUUUUUUUUUCCUUUCCGGGCGAGAGUGUUUCUGGAUACCAAAGAAAAGCGUCGGGGAGCCGACGUGAUUUUUAUGAAAGAGACGGGAAGACGACACGGCAGCGAGAGGUCGAUCCAGGCUGCUGGGACUCUGCCCUGCUCGUCAGGUAAGGCUUGCCGAUCCAGUCUCAGCCUCGUCGAUCAUAUCCCCCCCUGUCGGAUGAGCAUGACUGGCGUGAGUCAAGACGAGCGUGCCGACUAGCCGUUUCAUAAAAGUCGAUAUGUGUAUUUCGCUAAGUGAAGCGAUGAGGAGUGGGAAUGACCCCGUGCAUGAAGGUCGAUCGCAGGACCCAGGACGGAUGCCAGCCGAAACGGCAUUCGCGGGGGAGGGGCGGAAAGACGGCUCCGCGGCCGAAAUUGGAAAUCAUUUCAAACAAGCCCAUGUAAAGUUGCGAUACCCGAGGGUUCCGAUGAGACCCCUGAUUUAUCCCCAUCCUGCAAUACUCUUCACAUUGCUUUCGUCCCGUGGUACGCUAAAGCACGUGCGGCCGGGAGACGGACGAGACUCCGUGAUGCUUGAAGCCUGCCUGUACUCUCCCACCCACGCGCGCACGCGCGCGCCACCGGGAUCCAUCCCUGACCACAUGUCUUUGCAGGGUGGGCUUGGCCUCGAACCCCACUGCACCGGUCGAGGUCUGCAAUCGUGUUUGGGUUUCGGGUGCGUCGUUCGUCUUGCCUCGUCUGCCUGGCUCGGACCAGCAUAUGUUCUGAUGGGCUUGAGUCCCGUAUGUUGUUGAGGCCGGGCGGGAACCAGACGGCAAUAUGCACAAUCAGAGGUUUAUUCAAGGGAAGCUAGUUUGAGCACCGGCUUCCCUCCUUUGACUUCAAAGUCAAGUUGGGGCCUACAGCAGUUUGAAUGGAAUGAACGUAUAGCACUUUACUUAAUAAAAG